AUGUUUCAGUGGACCACUCAGGUAAAUCACCCACCAGCGCUGCUAGCAGCAUCCUAUCAAGUGCGACUGGGCGGAACAGUACGCAUGACGUUCCGAUACGUGUACGUGUACAUGGGUGGGCUGCUUGGCAACCUGAAUCGGAUGCCAGGCUCCGACAUUUUUGUCCCCACGGAUCCGGGCGGACCCCCCGGGGAGGUGUGGCUGUCCACUGCUGCGGUGCACACACCGUACUGCUUUCCAGGCUACUUCCGCGUGCUCGACGUUUCGUCGAUGCCCCGACCUGCACAAUACCCGGGAAACCAGACAACGCUGGUAAAUGUCCCACAGGACGGCUGUGUGGAUUCACAAGCUGCGCCGCCACUUCAGCGGUGCUGGGCGGAUAAAGUCUUUUCAAGCGACUGGGCCUUUGAAUGCACCGAAGUCGACGCCACCAGCGGCGCACUACGCACCACCAACCUGCUGUUCAGAUUCCUCAACACGACCGCCGUAUGUGAAGUGCACGUAGACAUGGACUGCCUGCUGAAGAGGGACCCCCUCGUAUGCUACGCAGAAACCGUCAACCGGGCCAAAGGCAGUGGCGGUAACAGUGUUAGCACCAGCAGCCUUUCCACCUUGCAGCCGGUGCCUAAAGACCGCAGCGCCAGCAGCCGCACGGCGGUUGUGGUUAAGGCGGGGCGGGGGAUGGUGCUGCUCCCUUUCAUCAUCGGGCCCCUGGGGUUCAUGAUCGUGCAUGGGGGGUUUGCGGCAUUUGCCUUGCUGCUGGGGUUUGCUGCAGCGGUGUUUCUGCGGCGGAAGGGCAGGACUCCGACCGCCCGCCCUGCUGCAACCACUGCGGAUGCCACUGCGGUUGCUGGCGGGGAUGAUGAUAGGAGUUUGGGUGCUCCUGCUGGGACUCCUUUGCUGGAGUUGGAGCUGGAGAACAGCAGGGCACAGCCGGGUGGCCGAAGCAAUCUGCUCAUGCCAUCUGAGUCAUCUUCACUAUCUACCAAACAACAACCGCCAACAGAAGUGCACGAGACCAAGGCCAUGGCCUGCGCGGGCGUGGCACCGCCGGUAACCACCAAGACACCCCGCAGGCCCGACAUCCCCCUCCAUGUAGCUCUGGUGCCGCUUCCACAACUGCCGCCAGGAGCGGCUGCAGCUGUGGGGCUUGGUGGCGGCGGCCACUACUUCCCACAGCAGCCUGGGCCUGGUGCUGCUGCAUGCCUUCAAUCCAUCAAAGAGGAAUCCAUGAUGGCGUCAGGAGUUCCUCCGCCGAAUGGAAUGGAUGGAGUGGUUUGCAACACAGACAGCAGCCUGCAGCUACAGCAAGCGACACCAGAGUCGCCGUCAGUGGGACCUGGUGCUACGAAUGCGGCAGUAGUGCUGCCGGAGGGCUUCGAAGGCGGCAGCAGCAGCAGGAAUGAUCUGAUGACCGGUAGCAAUACAAGCAGUGGGGAGGGCUGCGGCGUGGUUAGCUUGAUGCCAGUGUUUCGCGGCAAGGGCACCUACGGGCGGGUGGUCGAGGGGCUGUAUGCGGGGCGGCGCGUUGCGGUGAAGUUAAUGGCCAAUGAGGAGUUGCUUGGCGUGGAGGGGGCUCCCCCCGGAACCUUCAUCAAGGCAUUUGCACAGGAGGUUGAGGUUUUGGGCCGUUGCCAGCACCCCAACAUCAUCCAGUUGUUGGCGGCGUGUGUAAGCCCGCCCCGGUUGUGUCUGGUGAUGGAGCUCAUGGAGACGUCCCUGGACAAAUUGUUGUAUCACAGCCCGGGCCAACAGCCGAUGCCGCUGCCGAAGGUGCUCCACAUUGGGAUCUGUAUCGCCAACGCACUGGCCUACCUGCACCCCACCAUCAUCCACCGGGACCUGAAGCCAGCCAACGUGCUGAUCGACAACCCUCAAAGCGACAGGCCGAUCGUCAAGCUGACGGACUUCGGUUUGGCCCGAUUGCGGAUGACAGUGAAGUCGACGGAGCACCCUGACGCCGGCACGGUCGGAGCCAUAAGAUUUGACAGAAGGGUGGCAAAAUAG